AAAGCAACCAACCCCCCACAGGCCACAGCCCACACCUUCCUUCUUUUAAAAGAAAAUAAUAUAAUUUCCGCCGGUCUCCUCUGUUUUCCUUAUUCAUUCCCCCAUCUUUGCUGGAAACCAAACCAGAGAGAUCUAAAUCCCUGACGUGGUCUCCUUCUGUCAGCUCUAUCUCCAUCCCCAUCCCUUUCUCAAUAUCAAUCCUAUCGCCAUUUCCGCUUCUCGAGACAACACACCAACUCUCUCCCCCCAUACCUUAUCGCCAUUGUUAUAAGAUCUCUCGCCAAACCGAACGAUCACUCCCACGUUUAUCUCUUAAAAGGAUAAGGCUCCUUCUCCAGUUUAUCCAUUCCCUUUCCUAUUUCCAGGUAAUUUACUCAUUUAUCGCUGCCUGUCUUUGUGCUUGUUAGGAUGGUUUCCCAGUUUAGAUCUCACUGCAUUUCCCGCGGUUCACCGCCACAGCUUUUUUUUUUUGGGUAGUUUUUAUGGCACUUCUCCUGCAUCGUAUGCAGAGGUCAAGUUUGAUGAAUUCUGCGUAGUUGGGUGAGAAUCUAGAUCUAGCUGAAUGUUAUUUCUUUCCUCUUGUAAAUUGACGAGUUGUUGAAUUUUUUGGAUCUGGUUAUAGCAUUUGGACGUGGAUUUGAGUCUGUCUCUAUCUGUUUGGGAGAGAAGUUGAUGCUCUAUCUUGAUUUUAGUUGUUGUCAUCUGCUUCCAGUAAAAUGGAAGUCACAGGAGGCUAAGUUGUUGCAUAUUCUACGGGCUUUGUUUGAAACCUUGGGCAAUGUGUCAGGGCAGAGACCACGUUGGAGGAUUAGGCAGUACUGCAAGUAGGGUAAAUUUGAGCAACAAUUCCAAGAGCAGCAGAACUUCUGGUAUGGAAUAUGAAUCAGACUGGGUAAGACACGGGAAAUCAUCGGAAUUAGCUGCUCAAGUGAUUCGAUCUGCAACUUGUUUCAUGGCUUGGUCCUGUAAGAUUCCUAUAGGUGACGGUUAUCACGAAUUUCUUUAGCUCGAACAGAAAAGAUCUUUCAUUUACAAAGCAUUGAUAGAGUUCUCAGGGAGAUAUAAAAGUAUUUUUUUCUUCAAUCCAUAUCUCUCCUGAUUCGCUUGAGAAAUGGCGGAUGUUAUGUGUGCCAACAAGAUGUAUACUGGAACAAAGUUGUCCUUCUCAAGAUCAUUCAUGCACAAUAAGGCCACUCGUUCAAAGAGCAGCCCUAGAUUGGUUACUAAUGAAGACGACUGCUCGAUGCUACCCGGGCUGCCCGAUGAUGUGGCGAAGUAUUGCCUGGCACUGGUUCCUCGUCCGAGCUUCCCAGCCAUGGGUGCUGUAUGCAGGAGGUGGAGGUCAUAUAUCAAAAGCAAAGAGUUCAUUACUGUGAGGAAGUUAGCUGGUUUGCUCGAGGAAUGGCUGUAUGUCUUGCUUCUGGAUUCUGGAGGAAAGAGAAGCCACUGGGAGGUGUUGGAUUCUUGUGGCAAUAAACAUCGGGUUCUUCCCCAGAUGCCUGGCCUUGUUAAGGCUGGGUUUGGUGUAGUUGUUCUGAAUGGAAAGCUACUUGUCAUGGCUGGCUAUUCAACUGCUGAUGAUGGGACAAACUGUGCCUCUGAUGAAGUUUACGAAUAUGAUUCAAGUCUGAACAGUUGGAGCAAAUUAUCAAACAUGAACGCUCCUCGCUAUGAUUUUGCUUGCACGGAGGUCAAUGGCAAAGUCUACGCAGCUGGUGGUUGUGGCAUUGAUGGCGAUUGCCUUUCCAGCGUAGAAAUGUACGACCCGGAGACGGCCAAAUGGACCCUGAUAGAGUCUCUCCGUCGCCCGAGAUGGGGUUGCUUCGGCUGCAACUUUGACGGGAAGCUUUACGUCAUGGGAGGAAGGUCGAGCUUCACAAUUGGCAACUCCAAGUUCGUCGACGUCUAUAACCCCGAUAUGCAAUCCUGGGGCCAGCUGAAGAAUGGUUGCGUCAUGGUCACAGCACAUGCUGUACUCAAGAAGAAGCUCUUCUGUAUGGAGUGGAAGAACCAGCGAAAACUGGCGAUAUUCGACCCAGAGGACAACUCCUGGAAGAUGGUACCCUUGCCAUUGACCGGGAGCUCCACAGUAGGGUUCCGGUUUGGGAUCCUCAACGGGAAACUUCUGUUGCUGGCUAUGGAGGAUGACCCGAGUUACAAGACCUUGCUGUAUGAUCCUAAAGCUCCAUCUGGCUCAGAGUGGCAGACUUCUGAGAUAAAGCUGUCCGGCUUGUGCUUAUGUAGCCUGACCAUCAAGGCAUGAUAUGAAUGGAGUUCUUGAUCUAAAGCUAAAGCCUGCAGUUUAUUGUUGAUGCAUUAGUUAAUUCAGAUCAGGCUGCGACUUGUUUUCUGGAUUUUUUUUAUUGUCUGUUGUAAUCUCCAGUUUGAAGAGGUGUCUCGACUCUGUUGUUGCAUUAAUCAUUAGUUUCAAGUGUUCGUUGUAUUUUGUAUUCUGUUGUGAACUUAUGAAUAGUGGUUAACUGGUUAUAGAGAAGAAAUCUGGAAUGAUGAUUUGGCUCGUCUUUGCAGACGAUGGGAAUAUACAAGAAUGAUGUACUGUAUUGAUUUAAUUGAAGGUUGGGAAAGAUGUUCAGCUUCGAGAUCCAUUUCUUUCUGGUGUCUCUCUAAUUAAG